AUGAAAUGGAUGACGGGCUAUUCUCGGUUGAACGCCGACAGCGAGGUGGCAUUGCCGCUUGAAGCUGAGAAGUCAUCGAUUUCAUUGAGUCGUUGGAUGUCAAGUUUUGGUUCGAACCCGGUCGACUUUGUAUGGCGCUUCACAUGUUAUAUCAUGUUUAUUACCGGUGCUUUGAUGAUGGUGACAGCUCUAAGAUAUGCCCCAUCGGACAAGUACUGUGCUGCGCAGCUUAGUGUUUGGUCUCCUCUAUUGGAAGCUGUCGAGUAUGAGCAACAUGACUUUGAAAGUGGCCUCGGUGUAGAUAACUCAGGCUUCACCGGCCUUCCCACUGCAGAGAUGGAGGCUAAGUGGGAACGUCUUUCCCAAGUCCCUGGUGUCAUCAUUCCACCUGAUCGUGUUUCCUAUCUCAACAGAAGCGUCGACCAAGGUUUUGUGUCCGCAAUUCACGACUCUCCUUCCUUAGGUUACAUCGGUGUAGUUGAGGUCUUUCAUCACCUCCACUGCCUCAACAUGCUACGGCAAUACAUAUGGAAAGACUCAUACCCUCAAGAUAUAACUCCCAGCCUCCUCAAGUCUAAUUCGCCAGAAAUUGCCCGGGAUCACACAAGUCACUGUAUUGAUACGCUGCGUCAGGCACUUAUGUGCACCGGCGACGUUACCCCAUAUUUGGUUUAUAAGAAGAAAGAUUCUGAGGCGUCAGAGGCGCCUAUCAGAGAGGAUUUCCAAGCAUCUCACAAAUGCAGGAAGUUUCCCAAGUUACUAGAUUGGGUGAAAAGGAAUGGUGUUGCAUUCUCGUUGAAGUCAGUGAGCCACGAUAUGUAG